CCUCCCCCCCCCCCCCCGAAAAAUCCAUCCCCGGCAGGCGUCGAAUACCUCUUCCUCCAGGCUUCCGUCAGCCGUCUCGCCGCACAAUGGCCUGGCAGAAUCCCAAUGGUCUUGUGCAGGCUAUGCACUCCAUCCGUCAAGCAGCUCCUCUUCGGCCUGUUCUCCAGCGCUCCGUGAUCUCCAGAUCGCCCAUAUGGUCGAGCUCGACGACGACCAGCCUCCCCAAGAACCUCAAUGGCAAGCGAACAUACGCGACUGAAGAGACUCCCACUUCAUUCACGGCCGCUCCUCCUCUUGACUUCAAGGAUCCCAGAAUCAGACCUGCUCGGCUUGUGCCCGCAUCUCCGUCCUACUUCUCCGGCAACCCCAAGUUCAUCGACCAUUUAUUGAAUCUGGAAGGCAUUCUCGCCGCAAAUGCCAAUCUGCCAACCGUGGAGAACAGCCAGGCGCCUCGGAUGGCGUGGCUUAAACUACCGCAGUUUCGUGAUUUUGUCGGGGAGCAAGUGCCGACCAAGAAGUACAAGGGCCUUCUCAAAAUCCUGCAGCGUCUCAACCGAAUUGAUCCCGAGCUCAUGCCGGAAAAUGUUGGGCGGACGAUAAAGCAGUUUGUUCGUCCGGGUAAUCCGUACGCUAACAAACCUGCGCCGGCUACGGUGGAUGAGAUGGGUCGUGCUCGCGGCCGGGGCAAGCGCAAGUCUUCCUCGGCAGUGGCUUUCCUGGUUGAGGGUGAUGGCGAGGUGAGGGUGAAUGGAAAGACAUUGGUCGAGGCCUUCCCUCGAGUACAUGAUCGCGAGAGUGCCACCUGGGCCCUCCGAAGUACGUCGCGGCUGGACAAGUAUAAUGUGUGGGCUCAAGUCCAGGGCGGAGGAACUACCGGGCAGGCAGAAGCCAUCACACUGGCGGUUGCACGAGCGCUGCUGGUUCACGAGCCCGCUCUGAAGCCUGCGCUCCGCAAGGCCGGUGUCAUCACGGUCGACGCCCGUCGCGUGGAGAGAAAGAAGCCCGGUCACGUCAAGGCGCGCAAGAUGCCUACCUGGGUCAAGAGAUGAAAGUGUGGUCGAGAUCGGCAUCCUCUCGCGUGGGGGGAGGGGGCCUGGAUCUUUUCUUUGUACUUCUACUUCCUUGCUGUAUUAUUCGAUUUGGCCUUGUGAUUUUUUCUCCACGAAAGUAUAUCCAGUAUUGCAAGCAUACUCACCAGGUGUCACGGAAGUCGUUUCAGGACACGACACGGCAUGUCUUCGGCGACCGGCAUGUAACUAUUGGCAUAAAAGCAAUAAACCGAAUUUUGGUGCAGAC